CAAUUUCUUUCUCCAAGAAAGAACGCCGAACAAGCGCCGACGAAAAACGGUUCCUCGUUAUUUCUCUCCAACGCGCGCGCACGGGCUAUUUCUACCCCCGCCGCCGAGUAGUUAGGCGUCCAAAGUUUCGGGAGUUCAUCGUGAACGGUGAUCGAUCCAAAGAACAACAACUCGGAGCAAAGCUAGCUAACGAAGUUAGUUCCAAACAAAGCUAGCUUAUCGCGAUUAGCUAGCUAGAAGAGAGUUAGCUAGGCGCCAUGGAGCUAGGCGUGCCACUGCCACGACGGCCCGUGCCCGGUAGCUACGGCGUGCCGUUCGUCUCGGCGGUGCGCGACCGCCUCGAUUUCUACUACUUGCAGGGGCAGGACAAGUACUUCGAGUCGCGCGCCGAGAGGUACGGCUCCACCGUCGUCCGCAUCAACGUCCCGCCUGGCCCAUUCAUGGCGCGCGACCCCCGCGUGGUGGCGCUCCUCGACGCCAAGAGCUUCCCCGUCCUCUUCGACGUCGCCAAGGUCGAGAAGCGGGACGUGUUCACCGGCACGUUCAUGCCGUCCACCUCCCUCACCGGCGGCUACCGCGUCUGCGCCUACCUCGACCCGUCCGAGCCCAACCACGCCAAGAUCAAGCAGCUGCUCCUCUCCCUCCUGGUCUCUCGCAAGGACGCCUUCGUCCCGGUCUUCCGCUCCAACUUCGGCGCGCUCCUCGACACCGUCGAGUCGCAGCUCGCGAGCGGCGGCGGCAAGUCCGACUUCACCGCCCUCAACGAUGCCACCUCCUUCGAGUUCAUCGGCGAGGCGUACUUCGGCGUGCGUCCCUCCGCGUCGAGCUCCCUCGGCACCGGCGGGCCGACCAAGGCCGCCCUGUGGCUCCUAUGGCAGCUCGCCCCGCUCACCACGCUCGGCCUGCCCAUGAUCAUCGAGGAUCCGCUCCUCCACACGCUGCCGCUGCCACCCUUCCUCAUCAGCUCCGACUACAAGGCGCUGUACGCGUACUUCGCCGCCGCGGCGUCGCAGGCGCUCGACGCCGCCGAGGGCCUUGGCCUGUCGCGGGAGGAGGCCUGCCACAACCUGCUGUUCGCGACGGUGUUCAACAGCUACGGCGGCUUCAAGCUGCUGCUCCCGCAGAUCCUGUCGCGCGUCGCGCAGGCCGGCGAGAAGCUCCACGAGAGGCUCGCCGCGGAGAUACGGAGCGCGGUGGCCGACGCCGGCGGCAACGUGACGCUGGCCGCUCUGGAGAAGAUGGAGCUGACCAGGUCGGUGGUGUGGGAGGCGCUGCGGCUGGACCCGCCGGUCAGGUUCCAGUACGGGCGCGCCAAGGCCGACCUGGAGAUCGAGAGCCACGACGCGUCGUUCGCGAUCAAGAAGGGGGAGAUGCUGUUCGGCUACCAGCCGUGCGCCACCAGGGACCCGCGGGUGUUCGGCGCCACGGCGAGGGAGUUCGUCGGCGACCGGUUCGUCGGCGAGGAGGGGAGGAAGCUGCUGCAAUACGUGUACUGGUCGAAUGGGCGAGAGACGGAGAACCCUAGCGUUGACAACAAGCAGUGCCCCGGCAAGAACCUGGUGGUGCUCGUCGGAAGGCUGUUGCUCGUCGAGCUCUUCCUCCGGUACGACACCUUCACCGCCGAGGCCGGCAAAAAGGUGGUCAUCACCGGGGUCACCAAAGCUUCAACCUCCGCCGUCAAUCGUACUGCUUAAGCCGGCCAUCACUUCAGGCGUGGGUCGUCGAUCAUCCACUCAACCAGCUCCGUCCUACGCAUAUGCAAUAAGAAAUACUCGUACCUGAAUUCUUGCAUGGCUAAACACUACUAAUAAGUGUAUGUAUUCUGUUUAUUUGUUCGAUUCCAUAUUUGUAAUUUUGUUGUUAUUGUUUGCUGUUGAAUUACGAUUGUGUAUUUUACAGGGCUGACAGUGUCUUUAAACACCUCUAAUAUGUAUCGGAUCAAUCUGCCCUAGUCAUGUCUAAUUUGUGAAGAUCCACUUUCUUUAAUUAUUCAAUCAUGCAUUUUUUUUUCUUC